CUGCAAUCCACCUUUGACCUCUCCUCUUAGGUCAAUGACCGAUCAGUCAAGCAGUUCUCGCGAGAUCUGCUUCCGACGAGAAUUGACGAGAUUUCGUCCUUUCCGCCAUCUUGCUACGAGAAAGCAAGGAAAAUGCAGAUCUUUGUGAAGACCCUGACAGGCAAGACCAUCACCCUCGAGGUCGAGCCUUCAGACACCAUCGAGAAUGUGAAGGCCAAGAUCCAAGACAAGGAGGGCAUCCCCCCCGAUCAGCAGCGUCUUAUCUUUGCUGGCAAGCAGCUGGAAGAUGGUCGCACCCUGUCUGACUACAACAUCCAGAAGGAGUCCACCCUCCAUCUGGUGCUGCGUCUGCGUGGUGGCAUCAUCGAGCCCAGUCUGCGUAUGUUGGCCCAGAAGUACAACUGUGACAAGAUGAUCUGUCGCAAGUGCUACGCCCGCCUGCACCCGCGUGCGACCAACUGCCGUAAGAAGAAGUGUGGCCACACUAACAACCUGCGCCCCAAGAAGAAGCUGAAGUAGACCAGAUGUGUGCAUGCUUCUCCAGAUAUGAGAAAUCUUAAUAAAGACAAGUAAAGAGGGA